AUGUCAGCCAGUGGGGAAGUAGAACUCACAAUUCAAGCAGAAGGCAAAGGCACUAUUCUAUGCUACCGUUCAGUGAUGAGCACCUCUGGCGGCAUUUGGCUCGGCGACAACCCUCUCCAUUUCUCCCUCCCUCUCCUACUCUUCCAAAUUACCAUCAUCUUCCUCACCACUCGUCUCACCCACGCCAUUCUCCGCGGUUUAGGCCUACCUCUUGUUAUCUCCCAAGUCAUUGGAGGUAUAAUUCUUGGCCCAUACGUGAUCGGCCGAAACAAAAGCUUUGCUCGAGUGAUGUUCUCCCCAAAAGGUCGAGAACAACUAAACACAAUCUCGUUCAUAUCAUUCAUGAUCUUUCUUUUCCUCGUCGGCAUCAAAACAGAUGCUUCGAUCAUAAAAAAAUCGGGAAAGAAAGCCAUUGGUGUCGCCCUCAUCGGCAUCAUCCUCCCAGUAAUUCUCGCCAUGCUCGUCACUCUAAGCUUCAACUUCACCGAUAAACUUCUUUUCUACUUCUACAUUGCAUCAAGAGCAAGCAUAAGCUCUUACACUGUUGUUAGUUGUGUUCUUCAAGAGCUCAACCUUCUUUCAUCCAAUCUUGGAAGGCUUGCCUUAUCAGCAUCUCUGAUGAAUGAGUUCUUUAACUACUUUUCCACUGCUGUUCUCAUCUGUGUUUCGGUUGCCAACCAAACUCAAUCUCCAUUGCUUGGCAUCAAAUCUUUAGCAGCAUUGAUUAUACUUCUUUUGUUCAUCACUUAUAUUGUGCGGCCGGGAAUCAUUUGGAUGAUCAGAAGGACGCCGGAAGGAAGAAUGCUCGACGAAUGGACGUUCUUAUCUAUCAUGUUUGUGGCUUUUGCAUGUGGUUUAUUAACAGAGGUGAUCGGUCACCGGGCGACGAUGGGGCCAUUUUAUCUUGGGUUGAUAUUGCCGGGAGGGCCGCCGUUGGGGAUAACAAUGGUGGAGAGAUUGGAGAGGUUGGUGUGUGGGGUGUUCUUGCCGGUGAUGAUGGCUAUUGCCGGGUUAAGGAUGGAUUUGGGGAAGUUGGUGGAGGUUGGAGAGUGGGGAAUGCUUGAGAUGAUUGUGUUGAUUUGCAUCGCCGGAAAGUUCAUCGGAGUUGUGUCGCCGUGCUUGUAUUGCAGGAUGCCAUGGCGUGAUGCUUUCUUUCUUAGUUUGAUGAUGAAUAGUAAGGGCAUUUAUGAGAUUGACAUCGCCAAUGUCUGGCUUGACAGUCAGAUCUUGAACAAACGUCAACACUCAAUGAUCCUUUUCAACGUCCUCGUCUUCGGCGGCACAACCGCACCUCUCCUCAAAUUCCUCUACCGUCCUGAAGACCGCUUCAUCGCCAACAAACGCCGAACUCUCCAGCACUCCAACCCCUCCGACGAGCUCCGCGUCCUCGCCUGCGUCCACUCCCAAGACCACGUCAACCCCAUCGUCUCCCUCCUGGACCUCUCCACCCCUUCAUCAGACCACCCUCUCUGUCUCUACAUCCUCCACCUCACCCCUCUCGCCGGCCGUUCAGCCGCCCUCCUCCUCCCUUACAACAAACGCCCCACCUCCUCCCUCUCCUCCAUCUUCACCACCGAAUCUGACCACAUCUUUAAAGCCUUUCUUUAUCUCCAGCAACAGUUCUCCGGCACUGUCUCCGUCCUUCCCUACGUUGGCAUAUCCCCACACGCCACCAUGCAUGACUAUGUCUGCACUCUGGCCUUAGACAAAAAAGCCACUUUGAUUAUCCUCCCAUUCCACCGCCGCAUCACCAUUGAUGGCACAGUUGAAGCAGUAGCCUCCACAGUGCAAGCAGUCAACAUUAACGUUCUUCGUUACGCGCCAUGUUCAGUUGGGAUGCUAGUUAACCAAGGGGAAUCCAAAGGCUUGUUGGCUGAGAAAGUAGUAGUGUUCUUUCUGGGAGGAGCUGAUGAUAGGGAAGCAUUGGCUUAUGGAGUGAGGAUGGGAAUGAAUCCAAGAGUGGAAGUGGUGGUGGUGAGAAUAAGGUUGCAAAGAGGUUGGGAAAUGGAGGAGAAGGUUGAUGAUGAGGUGGUGGAGGAGUUUAGGAGGAAAGGGAGGGUUGAGUAUAGGGAAGAGGUGGUGAGGGAUUCGUCAGGGACGGCAAAGGUGAUAAAGGAAAUGAGUAAGGAGUUUGGGUUGGUGGUGGUGGGAAGAAGGGAAGGGGUGGUGUCAGCUUUGACGGAAGGGUUGGAUAUGUGGAGUGAGUACCCAGAGUUGGGGGCUGUAGGAGAUAUGUUGGCUACUUCAGACUUGGGAGGGAUAGUGGCUACUUUGGUUGUGCAACAACAGAGGAGAGUUGGUGGACAUGGGAAUGUUGGUAAUAAUGUGAGUUUGGGGAGUAGGAGGAUGGUUAAGGAGAGGGGUGAGGAUGAUGAUGAUGAUGAUGAUUGA